GCCUCCCCUGGGGGCUGCUCCUUGGGGUGGGGGUUUUCAUUCCCCUCCAAACUCUGCUCCCCGCCCCGUGUGUGCGCGCGUGUCUCUGUGUGUGUGUGUGUGUGUGUGCGCGCGUGUGCGUGUGCGUGUGCAAGACUCCACUCCAGGGCUUUGUGCUCACCAGCGAGAGCAUCAGUGGUAGGAGGGGACAGAGGCUCCGGCAGGCUGAGCCGGAGCAGCCAGAGCUUUCCUGCAGGUGACACCCGGCUCGGCCCGGGCACCCAGCCGGCGGGGCCGGGCCAGCGACGCUUCCGCGGGACCGGCACAGCGCGGGCUGCGGCGUCCAGAAGAUGAGCCCUGAGCAGCCUCCCCUCGCCCCGGCCUGCCAGCUCCGCCUAGCCCCCGGCUCCCCGCUCGCUCUCGGGCUAGCCCUGAAGUCUUAGGGUCGCGAGGGGACCCCCACGCGUAACUUGCCGGGAGGCGUUUUCCCCCAACGAUGCCCCUUUUCUGGCUCGCUCUGCGCAGGGUGUUUGUGGAAUACUGGGCAGGGCUCCUGCUUUGCAUCUUUGGGGUUCAGGAUUCGCAUGGGAUGCCACAUGUCAUCCGGAUAGGAGGAAUUUUCGAGUAUGCAGAUGGCCCCAACGCCCAGGUUAUGAGUGCCGAGGAGCAAGCCUUUAGAUUUUCUGCCAAUAUUAUCAAUAGAAAUAGAACUUUGUUGCCUAACACAACAUUAACUUAUGACAUUCAGAGGAUACAUUUCCAUGACAGCUUUGAAGCCACUAAGAAAGCCUGUGACCAGCUCGCCCUGGGGGUUGUAGCAAUAUUCGGGCCUUCUCAAGGGUCCUGUACCAAUGCUGUUCAGUCUAUUUGCAAUGCACUGGAAGUCCCCCAUAUACAACUUCGGUGGAAACAUCACCCUUUGGAUAACAAGGACACUUUCUAUGUCAACCUUUACCCCGACUAUGCUUCUCUCAGCCAUGCCAUUCUGGACCUUGUACAGUAUUUGAAAUGGAGGUCAGCUACCGUUGUUUAUGAUGACAGUACAGGCCUGAUACGGCUGCAGGAGCUUAUCAUGGCCCCGUCAAGGUACAACAUCCGACUGAAGAUCCGCCAGCUGCCCGUCGACACGGAGGAUGCCAGGCCCCUGCUGAAGGAGAUGAAGAGAGGCCGGGAGUUCCGCAUCAUCUUCGACUGCAACCACUUGAUGGCAGCUCAGAUCCUCAAACAGGCCAUGGCAAUGGGAAUGAUGACGGAAUACUACCACUUCAUCUUCACUACUCUGGAUCUUUAUGCAUUAGACCUAGAACCAUACCGCUACUCUGGAGUGAACCUGACUGGCUUCCGGAUCCUCAACGUGGAGAACGCUCAUGUGUCUGCCAUCACUGAGAAAUGGUCCAUGGAGCGGCUGCAGGCCAUGCCCAGGGUGGAGUCGGGCCUGCUCGACGGAGUCAUGAUGACAGAUGCUGCCCUGUUGUAUGACGCAGUUCACAUCGUCUCAGUGUGCUACCAGCGAGCCCCACAAAUGACUGUUAACUCCUUGCAGUGCCAUCGACACAAAGCCUGGAGGUUUGGGGGCCGCUUUAUGAAUUUCAUAAAAGAGGCCCAAUGGGAAGGAUUAACUGGGCGUAUUGUCUUCAACAAAACCAGUGGAUUAAGGACAGAUUUUGACUUGGACAUCAUCAGCCUCAAAGAAGAUGGUCUCGAAAAGGUUGGAGUGUGGAACCCUUCUGAUGGUUUGAACAUCACGGAAAUUUCCAAGGGGCGAGGGCCCAACGUCACAGACUCACUAACCAACAGAUCUCUUAUUGUCACCACUGUACUGGAAGAGCCCUUCGUCAUGUUUCGGAAGUCAGACACAGCCCUAUUCGGGAACGACCGCUUUGAAGGUUACUGCAUCGACCUUCUGAAGGAGCUGUCCCACAUCCUGGGCUUUACCUACGAUAUCCGGCUGGUGGAGGACGGGAAGUAUGGAGCACAGGAUGAGAAGGGGCAGUGGAACGGCAUGAUGAAGGAACUCAUCGACCAUAAAGCUGAUCUGGCCGUUGCUCCUCUCACGAUCACCCACGUCCGGGAGAAAGCGAUUGACUUCUCCAAGCCUUUCAUGACAUUGGGGGUUAGCAUUCUGUACCGGAAGCCCAACGGGACCAAUCCCAGUGUGUUUUCCUUCCUCAACCCCUUGUCUCCUGACAUUUGGAUGUACAUUCUCCUCGCCUACUUGGGGGUCAGCUGUGUGCUGUUUGUCAUAGCCAGGUUCAGCCCAUAUGAGUGGUACGAUGCUCACCCCUGCAACCCAGGAUCAGACAUCGUGGAGAAUAACUUCACCCUGCUCAACAGCUUCUGGUUUGGAAUGGGAGCGCUAAUGCAGCAAGGGUCUGAGCUGAUGCCCAAAGCUCUGUCUACACGGAUCAUUGGCGGCAUCUGGUGGUUCUUCACGCUCAUCAUCAUCUCAUCCUACACAGCCAACCUUGCUGCCUUCCUGACUGUGGAGAGAAUGGAAACCCCCAUCGACUCGGCAGAUGAUCUGGCAAAGCAAACGAAAAUAGAGUAUGGAGCUGUGAAGGAUGGAGCUACCAUGACCUUCUUCAAGAAAUCCAAAAUUUCCACCUUCGAAAAGAUGUGGGCAUUCAUGAGCAGCAAGCCGUCAGCACUCGUUAAAAAUAACGAGGAAGGAAUCCAGAGAGCCCUCACUGCAGAAUAUGCCCUCCUAAUGGAGUCCACCACUAUUGAAUAUAUCACACAAAGGAACUGCAACCUGACCCAGAUUGGAGGGCUGAUUGACUCCAAAGGCUAUGGGAUUGGAACUCCCAUGGGUUCACCGUACCGGGAUAAGAUCACCAUUGCGAUUCUCCAGCUCCAAGAGGAAGACAAGCUGCACAUAAUGAAAGAGAAAUGGUGGCGAGGGAACGGCUGCCCUGAGGAGGAGAGCAAAGAGGCUAGUGCUCUGGGGAUACAGAACAUCGGUGGGAUUUUCAUUGUCCUAGCAGCAGGCUUGGUGCUGUCAGUAUUUGUGGCGAUGAUUGAGUUCGUCUACAAGCUGCGCAAAACAGCAGAGCGUGAGCAGCGCUCAUUCUGCAGCACCAUGGCUGACGAGAUCCGAUUGUCACUCACCUGCCAGCAGAGGGUCAAACACAAAGCCCAGCCACCCAUCAUGGUGAAGACGGACGCCGUGAUCAACAUGCACACGUUCAACGACAGACGGCUACCAGGGAAGGACAGCAUGACGUGCAAUACUGGGCUGACGCCCGUGUUUCCAUAGGGAACCGGGAUUGGGGUGGAGGGAGGGACUUGCUGGAGAUGGGAUCGGAUGCUCUCUCCAUUAGGGAGGAAGGGAUAUAAAAAUCCUGGUUUGGUUCAGUUUCAAGAACAAGGCCUUUAACACAACUCCAUUGGUCGCCGGGAACGGGACAGGGACUUCAAAGCAUGGACUGUAACCUGGUUUUAUUUUUUUAAAAAGGCUUUGAUCCUAUAGGCCUCAUGGAGUCCAAACACACUACACAUCCAGGAGUCUGAUGUUUACAUAUUGAACACACAUGGAGGCAAGCGAGAAUCAAGCCAGACUGACCCAGUGGAUAACGAGGGGCCCCCCGAAACCUCAGGCUUCCUUUAGCAUGGCAAUAAAAAAGAAACAUUUUGUGAGUACAGUACAGAUGUGGAGUGAAUGACAGACUACGUGAACAUCUAUUCCGAACUGACGUACCCAGCACAUUUAGGGUAGAAUGACUGGGAAGGGGAACAAAUAUAAAUAAAUAAAACAAUUGUCAAUGCUGCUGCCUUCUCUCAAAGCAGUCCACCAUGACCUUUUACCUCAGUGCUGUGCUGGCUUCUUGUCGUCGAGAGUGGGAAGUCCAUGUGUGCGUGUGAUGCAAAAAGGCAUGUGGAAAUACAUCGGAGUCAGACAGUGGCUAAGAAGGGGCAAAUGAUCUUUAAUGGACUCCCAGACACAGGGCAUAGGAUUAGGAUAGUGCACCAGAAACUGCCGCCAUCUGAAAACAAUAAACAAAAUCCUCCUGUGCCAAUUCCCUCUGCAAUGCCAGGGCAGGAUUGUGAUCUUCAGGUCACUAGCUCCUUCACAGCCUGUGGGAAGGUCAUGUUCCUCUUAGAAAAAUCUAAACUUCACCAUUAACACGAAGGGAAAGUGAGGGACCUGCUUCUGGGAAGCUAAUGGUAAGUCUACUCUGUAAUGUAAGCCCAGGAUUAAUAGAAUUCAAGUUUGUUAACCUAGGGCUUGAGUGUCUACACUCAUCUGUAACCCCAGGUUAGAAAUUGUUGAACCCUGGGUCCCAACCUGGGACUCCAGCAUCUACACUGCAUUACGUGGGAUCGAGUCCAACCACGCAUAUCCCAGGCCUCCUAGAGCCCGCCAAAAAUGCAGCCACUCUAGCCAUUUGUUCAUGGUGCAGUGUGGGAAAACUGGACUGUCCAGAGGACAAAGAAAGUCGUCUUAUGGGAUUGUGGGAUAUUACUGGCAGACUCCCAGAGCACGAGUCCAAUGGGGCUGCAUCUACACUGCAGAGCAAUAGGGCUUGGACUCUGGGUCUCGGCUUGACUCAGGCUUGGACCCUCCACCUCCAUGUGGUCCUGGGACCCUGGAUCCAAGUCCUGGGUUAGUGUGAUUUGUGUGUAGAUUUAAAGGGAUUAGGCUUGAAGCCUGAGUUCAAACCCUGGGCUAACAUUGCAGUGUAGACACACCAAAUGUUGCUAACUCCAGCAAGUUUGAUGGCAGUGAAUUAUGGUUGCAUUGGUUUUAUAUUCCUUACAGGUAGGGAGAGCCGGGUUGUUUGUUUGGUUUAAAAUUAAUGUUUAAUUUGGGGGGGUUGUGGGACAUCCCAGACUUGCAAAGAAGAUCUUGGUCCAAAUAGACAGGACCAGUUUUGAGUCAAACAGCACCCUGGAUGAGCCAGAACAUCUCACUGUUGCUCUCCCAGUGCACUCACUGUACUACAACAAAUGCAUUGCCAUUUUACGCUACCAAAAACCUACCAAACAAACAAGAAACUCCCAUUUAAAACAUUCUCCAUGAAUGGCACUCAGAUUUUUAGCAGCUACCCAGGUUGCUUGUCCCACAAGGCUGGUCCUGCAGAUGCAUUCAGUCAGAAUUACCAAAGACGUGUGAGCUGAUUUAGAGGUAAUCUUUGAGUAGGGUUUGUUUUUUUGGUUUUGGUUAUUUUGCAUUCUGCCCCCUCAGAGCAUCACACAACAGCGUUCAACGUAACAUUUCACUGGCUCAUUUCCUUCCUGGCCCUUUGCAGAACCAGCGAUAGGCUGCAACGUGCAGAGAUGCUUUUCUAAAAUGUUGUGGGGAAUGUGCUGAAAAAAUGAGUUUAGGGAUUUGACGCUGCCCGAUUUUGGGGAGGAUUUAGUGUGAAUGAAAACGAUGCUCAGCUUCCUCUUUUAAUGCAGCAUCACUAGAGGUCUGCCAUAGGGACUCCCUGCACUUUCCAUUCUCUCCCAUCAGAACAGAGGCUCAUCCUCAAGGCUGAUGUUCCCUCCCACAUACAGGGCCAACACGAAGCUUAUACACCACUUAAGUCCUAUUUUGAGGGCUUUAAGUAAUGCCUUGUGCUUGGUCUCUUCAUGGGAUAAAUCUCACCCUACAUAGUGUGAAUAUAGGAAGGUUUUAUGGCUACAGCAGGAGUCAGCUGCUAAACUAAUCCAAUUUUUCAUCUUCUUAUUUAGAAACAUUUUUAGAGAUUUCGCCUGACCCCAAAGAAACAAAUCCAUUUGCAGUUGCAGUCUAAGACACACUAAAAUUUUUGACCCUCCUCUUUCUUUUCUUUGUUCAGUUUUAGUUUUUAGGGUGGUGGUGUUUGGGCUGAAUUAGCACAUUUGCUCCAGGGAGAACUGUGGCUUUUUUUCACCAGAGCACGUAACUUUGGUUUGGUUUCUUCCCACAAUGAAAAAAGGCAAUGUUUUAUCCUGAAGUAAAAUGAUAGCUUUUCUUGCAUAUGACUCUGAUAAAAAUUAGCCAUUUGGCAGGGAAUUUGCCACUAUUCUCACCUUUUCUUUUCAUAGAUGCCAUGACAAGUUAGAGGUGAAACUCUCUGUGUAUGUCAGUCUCUUCUGAGUUGGGUGACCAAGGUUGAAAUUCACCCCAGUGCAAUGGGCCACGUCCCACUUAAAUUCCUCUUCGGCCCUCAAACCAGGCAGAACAGGAUUGAAGUGGGGUGUGUAGGCUUUGUGCCAGCCUUCUUCAGAGGGAGAGCACCAUCCCGAGAGCAAUAGGCACCAAUCUGAUUGCUGACUCACAGAAAGCAACUCCCUUAAAUUGUGACAAGGUAGGUGACUUAGCCAUGUUUUGCCCUGCCACCUCAUACCUGUCUCCAUUCCUAGCCUCACUCAAGCUGAAUUUAGACCGCUUUUAUUUGACUUCCAAAAACCUGGCUGACUUCAAAUUCAGUGUUUGAUCCAAAGGAGUUGGAUCCCAACAGCAACACCAUCUCUGUCACUAAAACAGCAAUAAAUGAAGAAAUGUACCAACAGCAGAAAGUGGGGUGGAAAAAAUACUUCCCUCCCCCAAAACUAAUUAUUUUCCUUCUCCAUCUCUUUGCACAUCUGGGGGCAUUUCAGACAGGCCAUUUUUACACUUUCUUCUGGGCUUUCCAAGCUCUUAGAAAUGGAUUUCACAAUCAAGGGGAAAGGAAAAGCAAAGUCAAAACCCUGCUGGACUUAAAAAAAAAAAAAAAAAAAAAACCACAACCCCCCCUUUAAAUGCUCCAUCAGGAUGAGUAGUAACAAGACUAUACAAAGUAU